GAGAUGAAAAUGGCCCUGCUGCAGGCAGCACAGUCAGGUGAUGUUGCAGCCGUCAAGGCGCUGCUGACCGAUGGAGCGGAUUGCGAUGCUAAGGAUAGCGAUGGCAAUACUCCCUUGCUGCUAGCAGCAUGUGAAGGCCAUGCCCAAGUAAUAGAAGCACUGGUUGCCUUGGGGGCAUGUGUGGAGCUGAAGAACAAGGCGAGAUACACCCCGUUGAUGCUGGCAGCACAGGAAGGGCAUGUUGAGGCAAUGGAGGCCCUGGUGGCCAAUGGAGCAAAUCUUGAGGCUGUGGACCAGGAGGGCAAGACCCCCAUAAUGUUGGCAGCUCAGGGAGGCCAGGCUUCGGCUAUCUGGGCAUUGACACUCAAGGGAGCACAGAUUGAGGCCACAGAUUUGGUUGGGAAUACUCUCUUGAUGCUGGCUGCCCAGGGAGGCCAUGUGGCGGCAAUAUUGAGACUAGCGUCCAUGGGCAUGCAGAUGGAAGCUCGCAGAAGGGAUGGCAGCACCGCCUUGAUAGUGGCUGCAAAGUGUGGUCAACCACAGGCAGUGCUCACGCUGUUGGCUGCAGGAGCAGAAAUAGAGGCCAGAGAUGUGGCUAAGGGUGACGAAAAUGCACCCUUGUUGGUGGCAGCAAAGGUAGGGCACGUCACAGUGGUGCAGGUUCUGGUGGCCAGAGGAGCGGAGAUGGAGGCAAAAGACAAAGCUGGCAGCACUCCCUUGCAACUUGCAGCAAUCGGAGGCCAUGUUGAUGUGAUAGAAGCGCUAGCAGCAAACGGAGCAGGAUUUGAGGUCAGAAACCAGGAAGGCGAUACUCCAUUGCUGUCUGCAGCAAAGGAAGCCAGGAUUGCAGCCAUAAAGGCACUAAUAACUAGGGGAGCCAAGAUUGAUGUUGAAAACCAGGACGGCAACACCCCCUUACAUCUGGUGGCGGAGGAAGGUUGUACUCGUGCUAUAGAGCCACUAGUUGCAAAGGGAGCACGAAUUGAGGCCAAGAACAAGGAUGGAAACACUCCUUUGCAUCUUGCUGCAAGAAAAGAUCGCGCUGGAGCUGUAAUGGCACUGCUGACAAUGGGAGCACAGAUAGAAGAAAAAAACAAGGAUGGCAAUACUCCUUUGCUAUGUUCUGCAAUCCGGGGCAGCGCUGCAGCAAUAGAGAAACUGGUGGCCAGGGGUGCUGACACAGAGACCAAAAACUCGCAUGGGCAUACUCCUUUGUUGCUCACCGCAGCGGCAGGUCUUGUUGGAGCAACGAAAGCGCUGCUGGCUGGUGGAGCUAGUCUGUUGAUCCAAGACAGGGAUGGAAAUACUCCAUUGCUAUCUGCUGCAAAAGGAGGCCAUCCAGCAAUUGUAGAAUUGCUGCUGGCUAACGGGGCGCAAAUAGAAGAAGAAGACAUGGCUGGCAGUACCCCUUUGCUGGGCACAGCCGAGGGUUGCAACGUGGCGGUGGUGAAGGCACUGUUGGCCAAUGGGGCAGAUAUUGAAGCCAAGGAUAGGAAUGGCCGAAAUCCUUUGCACAGGGCUGCAAUGAAAGGCGAUGUUGAUGUGGUGUAUGUAUUGGUGGACAACGGGGCUCCAACAGAUGCCAGAGACAGGGAUGGCAGCACUCCCUUGAUGCUAGCAGCACAGGGAAAUUGUACAGCUGUGACAAAGCUGCUGUUAGUUAGGGGUGCGAAUAUGGAAGCGAGAAACAUGCAUGGCAAUACAGCCCUGAUGGUGGCGGCUGAGAAUGGUCAAUGCAAAGUGAUCGAGGCAUUGGCGGAGCAGGGAGCAAAGACAGAGGUUACAAACAAGGAUGGCAACACCGCCUUCACGUUGGCAGCAAAAAAAGGCCACCUUGCAGUAAUGAAUGCGCUGGACGCCAUGGCAGCACGUUUGCGGAAUGAUGCCAAAGCAAAGGCCCUGCAGGAAGUGGAACGUCCUGUACUGUACAAUCACAGGAUGAUGGCGCAAUUGGGAAGAAAUCUUGCCUUGGUGCAAGGCACUGAAAUGCCACCAUCUGCCUUGCAAGAAGAUGUGGACUCUUUUCAUUGGCAACUUGACAAGGGAAAGACUCUCCUAGAGGAACAUAAGCAUUUUGACAUCAGGCAUUUCUACACAGCGGAUCAAGCACAUGCAUGGGUGGAAGAGAUUGGCGAUGGGUUGGCACGAGUGCUGCAUGUCUGGGGCAUAAAGUAUAUAUUCCCUUGUCAACUGGGGAAACGUGUACCUUCCGAGAAUAUUGAUGAGGACAGGAGAUACUUGUCUCAUCUUCUGCACUACAUCUUGAAAGGCGAUGCAAGUGGGGUUGCAGAUCCCUCUUGCCUGCACCUGUUUGCUGCCAUAAAGUACGAAAACGACCAGGUGCUGAAAAGUCUGAACGUGAUUGAUGAGAGUACACUGCUUCUCGAAGAGCGCAUUGGGAGUGGCAGUUAUGGUGCCAUACAUGCGGCCACCUGGACCGAAGGAGGCUGCAAAGUGGCAGUCAAAAAACUGUAUAAUGAUGGGCCUAUUGAGGAUCUGGCCAUGCUUUUGGGAAAGGCCGCCAUGCAAGCAUCCCUGAGGGGCAACCCACAUGUUGUCAAGCUGCAUGGGUACACGUCCUCAGGGUGGUUGGUGAUGGACCUGGCUAAAACUGACUUGCACCACUGGUGUCUACAUGGGAGACGAGAAUGGAAAUCAAAAAGGACGCUUCUCCUGCAGGCAGCAAUGGGACUGAAGUUCAUGCACAGCCGCAAUCCUCCCCUGGUUCACGCAGAUGUCAAGCCUAAGAACGUGCUUGUGUUCGACGGAGUUGACGGCCCCCAUGCUCGACUUGCUGAUUUCGCCCAAGCUUUCGAAGUGAGCAGCCGCGCAACGGAGAUACUCUGCCCUGCAGCAGGCACGCCACGAUAUGUUGCUCCAGAGAUUUACAGAAACCUUCCUUUGACGCUUGAAUCCGACAUCUUCAGUCUGGGAGUCACGAUGUUUGAAGUUGCAACAGAGGAGCAGCCAUACUAUUCGCAUUUCAAAGGACCAGGGCACGAAGUUGCAUUCAUCAAGAAAAAAUUGGCCGGGGAAGACCCUUGUCAUGUGCGGCCGGAAGACUGCCCUGAAGGAAUGCUGGCCCUGAUGAGGUCUUGCUGUCAAGUCGAUCCACAAAAAAGACCAACAAUUGAUGAUGUGGUGCGAGCUCUUGAAGACUUGCCAGAGGACUGGAAUUUCAGGAUGACAGAGCAGCGGGUGCCGCACAGCACUCCAUUGUCACAGCAACUCAAUCAAGAGAACCCGUCAUCCACAGGUCCAGAUCGCAGACCAAAUACUGACCAACAGCCAAAGUGA